AUGUAUAAAAGACUAAUAAGCAAGAAAGUUUACCUUAAUACUUUUAACAGUAAAGCUAAUUUUACUGGCAAGUAUUUAUCUGCGCCAAAAUGUUCAUUCAAUUGUAUACGAGGAUAUUCCAAAUUUAAUGGCAAUUACAAUGUCCACAGCGCUAAGAAAUAUGACAACAACAACAACAACAACAACUCCAGGUUUUCCCUCUUUGCUGCUGUUGCGGCCGCGGUAAUUACAGUUGGUACGACAGCUAUAAUAACUAGUAAUAAGAGUGAUGCCAGCUUUUUAUCCAAUACUUCUUCUGUUUUAAAUAAACCGCCAAUUGAUCCAAAGGAAGUUGUGAAACACAACAAACCAGAUGAUUGUUGGAUUGUCAUCAACAAUGUUGUUUAUGAUCUGACAGAUUUUAUUGCCAAGCAUCCAGGUGGUCCCGACAUUAUUCAAUCCAAUGCUGGUAAAGAUGUUUCUGCUAUCUUCAAUCCAUUACAUGCAAGCGAUGUCAUUGAUAAAUAUAUCAAGCCUGAAUGUCAAUUAGGUCCACUAAAAGAACCAUUACCUGAAUCCUAUAUUUGCCCACCAUUGACACCAGGUGAAACUGCCGAAGAUGUUGCUAGGAAAGCCGAGUUAAGAGACAAAUUGCCACCACUAGACUCAUUAAUUAACCUUUACGAUUUCGAAUAUUUAGCCUCCCAAAUUUUGACUAAACAAGCCUGGGGUUAUUAUAGUUCUGCUGCGGAUGAUGAAGUCACCUACAGAGAAAACCAUGCUGCCUAUCACCGUAUCUUUUUUAAACCAAGAAUUUUAAUCAACGUCAAGGAAUGUGAUUUAUCAACUACCAUGCUAGGAACAAAAAUGGAUUUACCAUUUUAUGUUUCCGCUACAGCAUUGUGUAAAUUAGGUAACCCAAGUGAAGGUGAAAAAGAUAUUGCCAGAGGAUGUGGUAUGGGUGAAUUUAAUUUAACUCAAAUGAUUUCCACGUUGGCUAGUUGUUCAUUGAAGGAAAUUGUUGAGGCCAAAGUUAAUGAUAAACAAACUCAGUGGUUUCAAUUGUAUGUGAACGCUGAUAGAAAGAUCACUGACAACUUAAUCAAAAAUGUAGAAGAACUAGGUUUAAAGGCAAUUUUUGUUACUGUUGAUGCUCCAAGUUUGGGCAGAAGAGAAAAGGAUAUGAAAAUUAAGUUUGAUCCUUCAAAAACACCUGAAAUCACUAAUGAGGAUAAAUCACACAAAAAACAACAAAACACUAGAGGUGCCUCGAAAGCUCUAUCUACUUUUAUUGAUCCAUCUUUGACUUGGAAUGAUGUUAUUGACAUUAAGAAGAAAACCAAAUUGCCUGUUGUAAUUAAAGGUGUUCAGUGUACAGCCGAUAUCCUAAAAGCAGCUGAAAUUGGUGUCGAUGGCGUUGUUUUAUCAAAUCAUGGGGGUAGACAGUUAGAUUUUUCAAGAGCCCCAAUCGAAGUAUUGGCUGAAGCCAUGCCUAUUUUAAAAGAAAAAGGCUUGGACAAGAAAUUGGAGGUGUAUAUUGACGGUGGUGUUCGUCGUGGUACCGAUGUUUUAAAGGCCUUGUGUUUGGGUGCCAAGGGUGUUGGCUUAGGUAGACCAUUCCUAUAUGCCAAUAGUUGUUACGGUAAAGACGGUGUCAACAGAUUGAAAGAGAUGUUGGCCGAUGAAAUUGAAAUGAAUAUGAGAUUAUUGGGUGUCACUAAAAUUAGCGAUUUAAAACCUGAGUAUUUGGAUAUGAUUAGUUUGCAUGCCAGAUCCGUUAAUGUUCCAAAAGAUAAUUUAUAUCAAGAAGUUUAUAUUCCUAGCACUACUGUUGAAUUUUUAGAUGAAUAA